GUCCAGCUUUGACCCACCUCUCACAUACUCACCUCUCCCUCCUACUCCUCUCUUCAUCAGUGUCCACUUUGGAUGAAGAAGUGAACAUGUCGUACACUUAUUGGACCUUUCUGGUGCUCCUCACUGUGCUCCUUGCACUCUCCCUGUCUCCACAGGCUGACUCUGCAGCUGUACCCGGCAGCCAGGAUGUUGCUAAGGAGCCACAAGGUCCGCUGAGGAGGAUCUUCAUGAAAGAGGCCGACGCAUCGACCUUCUUCAGGAGGCGCAGCAGGCGGGCGGUGAAGUCACCCGAUGAGCUGAAUGCUGAGCAGAGGCAGGUUCUGGCUGCAGACGAGCGCAGGAGAGAGUUCCAUGAGGAGAAAAGGAAUGAGUUUGAGAGCCACGCUGAAGAGGACAAUGACGAACAAAACGAGAGGACUCGAGAGAGCACGGAGCAGUGGAGGGAGUUCCACUACGACGGGAUGCAUCCUCCUUAUGAAUACAACCGUCAGAGCAACUGAGGGUGUGGAUAAAUUGGAUUCAAUCAGUUAGUCUUGCUUGUAACUCCCUUGUAGUUUUUGGUCAAAGACGCAAAGACACGUACAAACAAGCUUUUUUUUUUAAUACAUAACAUUUGUGCAUCAACAUGCAACACAUGCAUUAGGAGGACUUCUGUUUUGUCCUAUAUUUUGGUGCUUUGUGAAGGAAGACGACAACAUUGAUAAAAAAGAAGCAUUCAAGACUCCAGUAAACUUUUCAGAUUUGUAUUUACAGCAAACUCAGGCUCAGUCUUAUUUAUUUAGUCAUCAUUAAUCUGUUUUGUACCAUAAAUAACUACACUUAAUUUCAAAAUAUUAGUCUGCGUUCACACUUGUGGUUGGGUACUCAUAUUCAUUCAUUCAUUUUCUACCGCUUUUUCCUCACGAGAGUCGCAGGGGAUGCUGGAGCCUAUCCCAGCUGUCUAUGGGCGAGAGGCGGGGUACACCCUGGACUGGUCGCCAGCCAAUCACAGGGCACAUAUAGACAAACAACCAUUCACACUCACAUUCAUACCUAUGGACAAUUUGGAGUCACCAAUUAACCUAGCAUGUUUUUGGAAUGUGGGAGGAAACCGGAGUACCCGGAGAAAACCCACGCAUGCACGGGGAGAACAUGCAAACUCCACACAGAGAUGGCCGAGGGUGGAAUUGAACCCUGGUCUCCUGGCUGUGAGGUCUGCACGCUAACCACUAGACCGCCGUGCCGCCCGUGGACAUAUUACUUUAGCAAAAUGUCAUCUGCGGGGUUGAAUAUGUAGGUUUAUAGUCUAGCAGUACACGCUUCAAUUUCAUAAAAAAACUUCUAAAAUAGACUUUUAAACAGCAGCAUUGUUACAUACACACAGGGAGACAACACAUCCAAUACAUUGUCAGUUACAUAUUUGUCUUUUUAGUAUCUUUUUAACACUGGUCAGAGCCUCUGAUUUGCAUUGGAGCACAUGGGAACCAAACGGAACCACAGUUAACUUACAAGUGGACCGAGACCCGUCUUUUAAGUGGUUACGGCUCACUUGCUUAGUGGAUGACCACGUUCCCACUUGACAAAACAAACCAUAAUCCCAGCAGAGCAAACAUACCAGAGUUCCUUUUACCCAAACCAAACAUGGCAAGUGUGAACGCACCAGCAUAAGUUCUUACUCUCAUGAUGGAGAGAAAAAACAAAAACGAAAAAAAAAAACGAGUCUUUCUGCUAAAUUCAACAGGCCGGUAUGAAGGCAAAAGCAAACAAGUAUCAGAAGCGGAGAACGACUUGUACAAUCAACGCUUCUUCUUUGUUUUUUGCAGACAUGUAUUCACAAUUCAAAUACUUUGCAACUAUAAUUCCAAGUUUUAAAGGGAAACAAGUUAUCCAGCACAAGUUACAGCAAGAUACAGAUAGUAACAUUGUUUGUUUACACAAAGAAAGCAUGGUGAAAUCUAUUGGCACAUUAGAGUAAUAUGCAGUUACACAGUGUAGGUUGUACAAGGGUUGGGGUUUGGUUUGCUUCAAGCACAUCCCUGAGAAGUCAUGGCCUUCAAAGUCUUUUACAUCAAAAUAAAACUUGAUUCGCUCUUUAUCGUUCGCUGCAGUAGUGUUUCCGUUGGAAAAUAAAUAAUCCCACAGUUGAGGUUGUGUUUCACUUUUACAGCAAAGCGCACACAGAAAAAAAAAAAUAUGUCGGGACCCUGUGAGCCACCGUAGCAAAAAGCGAAGAUGAUAGAGGC